AUUGCUAUGAAUUCUAGCAGUGGCAUCAUUGAACAUGUAGAGUAUUCAUUUUAUAACCGUUUUUUUCUAUGGUUAAAUAGUUUGUUUACAAAUACAAUGCGUUUGAAAACUUACCCUGAAUUAUACUGAAAUUUUUUUUUUUCUUUAAUUGUGUUAUAUUAGCGGUUAACCUGGGUUAAUAAAAAUGCCAACUUGGAAUCAGAUACAGUCUCAAUUAAGGAAUACAAAUAAUCCUGUUGUAUUUUUCGAUAUAAGUGUGGGGACAACUGAAAUAGGGAGGAUGAUCAUGGAGCUGUUUGCCGACGUGGUCCCCAAGACGUGCGAGAACUUCCGCGAGUUCUGCACGGGGGAGUACCGGAGAGACGGGGUGCCGUUGGGCUACAAGGGCGCCACCUUCCACCGGGUCAUUAAGGACUUCAUGAUCCAGGGUGGAGAUUUCGUAAACGGCGACGGCACGGGAGUGAUGAGCGUGUACGGGGGAGGGAGCUUCUCGGACGAGAACUUCAACCUCAAACACGAUGCUCCUGGCCUGCUGUCCAUGGCGAACAGCGGCAAGGACACGAACGGCUGCCAGUUCUUCAUCACGUGCGCCAAGUGCAACUUCCUGGACAGCAAACACGUGGUGUUCGGCAGGGUCAUCGACGGGCUGCUCGUCAUGCGCAAGAUAGAGAACGUGCCGACGGGACCCAACAACAAGCCCAAGAUCCCGGUCGUGAUAUCGCAGUGCGGUCAGAUGUGACGUGGCCUGCCGCCUCGGUCGGACAUCCGCACGUCCGAGUCUCGGCGAGGUGGUGGCGUCAAGAAGGUUUUUUUAUUUCCUCAGACGUUCCUCGCGCAAACGCACUCGCGUAUUUUUGUAUUGGCUUCAGCCGUUACCCUCGCAAGGGACUGGUAAAAACUUUUAAUUUAUACUUGUUGUAAUGUUGGCACUUUAUUUUGCUGAUUGGAUUUUUUUUUUUAUCUGAAGAAUCUAAUAGCUGUCCUUCCUUCGAACCUUCCUAAUCUCUAAAAGGUUUAGAACAGAGGUCUCGCAGAUAUUGAGGAGUUAUCGAAAAGUUUUUUGUUUUCUCCCCAUCUUCAUUUUGUUAUACUUGCUCCACCCUUGCUUAAUCAAUGAAAGUGACUUAUCAGUCUCUUGAUACAAUAGCCUGUUCCGUGUACUGUCUGUGUCUUGUGUAGGUGUUAUUUUUUUACGGAAGGCCACACUGAUGUACAAUUAAUUUAACAUAUGUUGUGAAACAAGUUUAUGUGUUGCUUUUCAUAAAUUUUAAGUAUAAAAGUACUUUUUCAGUACCAAGUCAAAAAUUA